AUGGUGCUUUCGGUAGAGAAGCGUCAAGAUUCGACUCGGGGUACGCCACAAUACAGAAGGUCGACGGAUCGGGAUGAUGAGAUGGUAGCUACAAGACUUCCCGGAACAGAAAUGUUGGAUUCAUUCACGCAUGCACCACUAGAUAUAAGCCGCGGUGGUAGUGCGGCUGAUCUUGAAUCGAUUGAGAACUUCGCACUAUGGGAGUGGGACGAGCCCGAGAUCGACAUGGAUGCCCCAUAUUGUCACUUAGCCUCCGCAGCACAGAUGUGGGACCUCUCGUCACGCCACGAUAUCCUCAGUGGCACUAUCCUUGGCGUCAACAACAGUACCGGGGAGCCGUUACAGCAGCCAUCACCGCAGCUAAGUGACAUCCACCAGCGAGCCCAAUCACAGAACGACCAACCCUUGUUUGCACCUGCGACAGAUGUUCCGAAGAAUCCGAAUCCUUCCGGCUCACCGGUGUCCGAUAUUCUCUCGGAUAUAUCCAGAAACGUGGAUUGCAAAUGCUCUUCUCAACUUGGCCAGCUCAUGGGCUGGGUUAGCCUGCGGCCCACGACACUUCUUCCGCUGGAUGUCGUGUUUGCUCUGGAGCAACUAUUGAACCAGACCAAGAACACGAUAUCCGCAUGUAAAAAUUGCUCACUCAGCUCACCAUACAUGAGCAUGAUGUUCUGUACAUCGAUGUGCUGGGUGAUUGAGCAUCUAGAGACCUAUAUACGAGGGACAACUGGCGUUAGUGCCCAUAGCGGUCAGAUCACACAUCUGACAGUUGGCGGCUUGAGACUGAGUAAAGAGAUGUCACAAACAUGCUUCGAGGCACUGGUAAAGCUCCGUCUCAGACGAGUCGUCCAGACAGCACGAGAGUUGGCGGGUUUUAACAGUGAGGUGAAGAGUACACUGUUAGAUGGAGUGCGGUCUGCGGCAGCCGAGACUGGAGCCGCAGCACAGCAGAUGUUUGGGAUGUUGGAGAUGAGGGCUGCCUUCUGA